GUCGCGGCCACGAGCCCAUCCUGGGGGUGGUGUGGGGGCCGCCGGACGGUGCGGACUGGAGGCACCCGCCGUCGUGGACGGGCUCUGCGGGCUGGCCUGUGGUGCAGGAGGAGGGGCUAGGGCCCCGCAAGCAGCACCAGGAGAAGGGGGGAGCCAGCCCCGCAGUGCAGGAGCGGGGAGAGGCCCGCGCCGGGGUGCAGGAGCGGGGGGAGGGGAGCCCACGCAGGCUGCUGCAGCAGCCCGAGCAACUGUCUGAGUUCGGAGACCGCUCCUGGGAGCGCAGAGAGGAGCCCGAAAGUUCUGGGGAGCAGUACUGGGAGAGCUGCGGGCACCUCAGACGGGAGGCGGUGGUUCUGGGAGAGGCCCCGGCACGUCGCAAGAGACUCGAGGUAGUGGGGAGGGCCCGGCCAGUGGGGCCCCGGGGGCCUGAGGGGGAGGGGCGCCUAGGGGUGCAGGAAGCGAAUUGGCUGCCUGGGGUGCAGGAAGGACAGGUUGUGCGCGCUGUCCAGGAAACAUACCUGGACGGGAAGGGGUCUCCGGAGGGAGAGGGGCCCCCUGAGGGACACAGGAUCCGGAGGCGCAGGCGGAGGAGGAGGUGGUAACCCCCAGGUCGGCUGCUCAGUAUCAGGAUCAGGGCAGGGCCGAGGUGAAAGCAGGAUGUAGGGGUUUGGGGAGUGGGGAGCAGAAGAGCGUCGUGAACCUGGGAGCUUUGGAAACCACUGUCCGAAAGCAAGCGUCUUGCUGGAUCCUUUUUUGCAACCUGAGCCGGAACAUCGAAAGCUGUGUCUGCAGAGAGGCAGCAGAAGGCCUCAGAACCUGAAAUUCAGGAGCAGAGACCACUGCCCACCCCCCCCACCCCCUACGUCCUGGGCCAGAGCCCUGGUGACCCCAUCGGGGGUCCAGCUCCGUGGAGAUGCCAGCAGCUCGUCGGUUCCCUGGCCUCGAGCUCUCCUUCCCUCUUCUGGCCAGACUUCGGCGGAGACUCUACACAAGGCUGGGGAGCAGCAGCAUGCAGCCAGAGGAGGGCACAGGCUGGUUGCUGGAGCUGCUGUCCGAGGUGCAGCUGCAGCAGUAUUUCCUGCGGCUCCGUGACGACCUCAAUGUUACCCGCCUGUCCCACUUCGAGUAUGUCAAGAAUGAGGACCUGGAGAAGAUUGGCAUGGGCCGGCCUGGCCAGCGGCGACUGUGGGAGGCUGUGAAGAGGAGGAAGGCCAUGUGCAAACGCAAGUCAUGGAUGAGCAAGGGUUCCAUCUGGCCCCUGGCUGCCUUCAAACAGAUGUUCAGUGGAAAGCGGCUGGAGGCUGAGUUCCCCCCUCAUCACUCUCAGAGCACCUUCCGGAAGACCUCGCCUACCCCUGGGGGCCCAGCAGGGGAGGGGUCCCUGCAGAGCCUUACCUGCCUCAUUGGGGAGAAGGACUUGAAUCUCUUCGAGAAGCUGGGAGAUGGCUCCUUUGGUGUGGUGCGCAGGGGCGAGUGGGACGCCCCCUCAGGGAAGACGGUGAGUGUUGCUGUGAAGUGCCUGAAGCCCGAUGUACUGAGCCAGCCAGAGGCCAUGGACGACUUCAUCCGGGAGGUCAACGCCAUGCACUCGCUCGACCACCGAAACCUCAUUCGCCUCUAUGGUGUGGUGCUCACACCGCCCAUGAAGAUGGUGACAGAGCUGGCGCCUCUGGGAUCAUUGUUGGACCGGCUGCGCAAGCACCAGGGCCACUUCCUUCUGGGUACUCUGAGCCGCUACGCUGUGCAGGUGGCUGAGGGCAUGGGCUACCUGGAGUCCAAGCGCUUUAUUCACCGUGACCUGGCCGCCCGCAAUCUGUUGUUGGCCACCCGUGACCUGGUCAAGAUCGGGGACUUCGGGCUGAUGCGAGCUCUGCCCCAGAAUGACGACCACUAUGUCAUGCAGGAGCAUCGCAAGGUGCCCUUUGCCUGGUGUGCCCCCGAGAGCCUGAAGACUCGCACAUUUUCCCAUGCCAGCGACACCUGGAUGUUCGGGGUGACGCUGUGGGAGAUGUUUACCUAUGGCCAGGAGCCCUGGAUUGGCCUCAAUGGCAGUCAGAUCCUGCAUAAGAUUGACAAGGAGGGAGAGCGUCUGCCCCGGCCCGAGGACUGCCCCCAGGACAUCUACAAUGUCAUGGUCCAGUGCUGGGCUCAUAAGCCAGAGGACAGACCCACGUUUGUGGCCCUGCGGGACUUCCUGCUGGAGGCCCAGCCCACUGACAUGCGGGCCCUUCAGGACUUUGAGGAACCAGACAAGUUGCACAUCCAGAUGAACGAUGUCAUCACUGUCAUCGAGGGGAGGGCUGAGAAUUACUGGUGGCGAGGGCAGAACACACGGACGCUGUGUGUGGGGCCCUUCCCUCGAAACGUGGUGACCUCCGUGGCUGGCCUGUCGGCCCAGGACAUCAGCCAGCCCCUGCAGAAUAGCUUCAUCCACACAGGGCAUGGCGACAGCGACCCCCGCCACUGCUGGGGCUUCCCCGACAAGAUCGACGAGCUGUAUCUGGGAAAUCCCAUGGACCCUCCUGACCUGCUGAGCGUGGAACUGAGCACCUCCAGACCCACCCAGCAUCUGGGCAGGGUGAAAAGGGAGCCUCCACCUCGCCCUCCGCAGCCUGUCAUCUUCACUCAGAGUAAGUGGGGCUGCUCUCGGUGCCUUGGCCCCUGCCCCCGCCCCCUCUCUUCUCUCAUUCCUCUUCUGGAAGAACCAACCUAUGACCCUGUGAGUGAGGACCAAGACCCCCUGUCCAGCGACUUCAAGAGGCUGGGCCUGCGGAAGCCAGGACUGCCCCGAGGCCUGUGGCUAGCGAAGCCCUCGGCCCGGGUGCCAGGCACGAAGGCAGGCCACGGCGGCGGUGAAGUCACACUCAUCGACUUUGGUGAGGAGCCCGUGGUCCCAGCCCCUCAGCCUUGUGCACCGUCACUGGCACAGCUGGCCAUGGAUGCCUGCUCCUUGCUGGACAAGACCCCGCCGCAGAGUCCCACGCGGGCACUACCCCGGCCCCUGCAUCCCACGCCUGUGGUGGACUGGGAUGCACGCCCGCUGCCCCCGCCUCCUGCCUAUGACGAUGUGGCCCAAGAUGAGGAUGACUUUGAGGUCUGCUCCAUCAACAGCACCCUGGUGGGUGCAGGGAUCUCUGCUGGGCCCAGCCAGGGCGAGACCAAUUAUGCCUUUGUGCCUGAGCCGGCGCGGCUCCUCCCUCCACUGGAGGACAAUCUGUUCCUCCCACCUCAGGGUGGGGGCAAGCCGCCCAACUCAGCCGAGACCGCAGAGAUCUUCCAGGCGCUGCAGCAGGAGUGCAUGCGGCAGCUGCAGGUCCCAGCCGGCUCUCUGGUCCCCUCGCCCAGCCCUGGGAGUGACGACAAGCCCCAGGUUCCCCCCCGGGUGCCCAUCCCCCCAAGGCCCACACGCCCACGUGGUGAGCUGUCUCCAGCCCCCUCGGGAGAGGAGGAAGCAGGACGCUGGCCUGGGCCUGCCUCCCCUCCCCGGGUGCCUCCCCGGGAGCCCCUGUCCCCUCAAGGCUCGAGGACCCCCAGCCCCCUCGUGCCAUCCGGCAGCUCCCCGCUGCCACCCCGGCUGUCCAGCUCACCUGGGAAGACCAUGCCCACCACCCAAAGCUUCGCCUCAGACCCCAAGUAUGCCACACCCCAGGUGAUCCAGGCACCUGGCUCCCGGGCUGGCCCCUGCAUCUUACCCAUCGUCCGAGAUGGCAAGAAGAUCAGCAGCACCCACUACUACCUGCUGCCUGAGCGCCCGCCCUACCUGGAGCGCUACCAGCGCUUCCUGCGUGAGGCCCAGAGCCCUGAAGAGCCGGCCCCUGUGCCUGUGCCCCUGCUGCUACCCCCACCCAGCACCCCGGCCCCUGCUGCCCCCACUGCCACCGUUCGACCAAUGCCCCAGGCUGCCCCAGACCCCAAGGCCAACUUCUCCACCAACAACAGCAACCCAGGGGCCCGGCCACCAACCCUGAGGGCCACUGCUCGGCUGCUGCAGAGGGGCUGCCCUGGGGACGGGACAGAGGCUGGACGGCCAGCAGACAAGAUCCAGAUGCUGCAGGCCAUGGUGCAUGGGGUGACCACAGAGGAGUGCCAGGCGGCCCUGCAGAGCCACAGCUGGAGCGUGCAGAGGGCUGCCCAGUAUCUGAAGGUGGAGCAGCUCUUUGGGUUAGGUCUGCGGCCACGAGGCGAGUGCCACAAAGUGCUGGAGAUGUUCGACUGGAACCUGGAGCAGGCUGGCUGCCACCUUCUGGGCUCCUGCGGCCCCGCCCACCACAAGCGCUGAGAUGUCUGGAGAGCCAGAGGGUCUGCCCUGAAAGAACCACUUGAGCCUGUCCAGCUGACAAGGGCAGGGAGACGCCCUGCCCAGGCCUUGAGGGCCUGCUGCACCCGCUGUUCCCAGUGGCAGAGUGAGGCUUAGGCAGCAGGAGGCUGGGAGCACCGCCUUGCCUGCCCCUCCCUCACCCAGUGCUGUCCCUGCAACUUCGGAGCUCUCAUCCCCCAGCCGAGGUGCAGGAAGGAGCCUCUUGAAGGAGGUCUGGGGGUGGCCUCAGCAGGCCCUGCAGCUGACCUGCUUCUGGCUCCAGUCCCUGGUAGGGCCUGUGGCUGGAGUGUGUACGCAGGUCCUGUCGGCGGGGAAGCGAGGCUUGACCCAGGCGAGGAGGGUGUGUUGGCCACACAGAAAGGUGCACCAGCACCAGGGGGGCUGGGCCCUUUAUUAGGGAGCCCCUGGCAGGCAGUUGGGGUGUCAGAAUGUGACUUACGGCCUCACCAUGGACAUGUUGUAGGACUUGGCUGGUCUUAGGAUCUUGUGCCUGGAAAUAGCCUGAUGUGGCUUGUGUAGCAGAGCAAGGGUGCCAGAUCGUUCUCUGGCAGGGACCAGGGCCCAAGGCCCCAGGGUUGGAAGGAGACCAAGGGGGCAGCUGCCCUGGAGGGACACCAGUGCUUCCUCUUUGACCCAGCUCUUCCCCUGUGCUGUUCCAUGUCUUCCCACCAGCCUCUGUCGCCAAAGUUGCUGCCCCAGCUAUGAAUAUUUGCUUCUUCCAGAGAAAUAAAGUUAGUUUCUAUUUUAUGUUA